UUUUGCCGCCGCGCAGGCAUCCCCAGUGGCGCCAGAGCGCUUCUCGGCACCCGCCUUCAGCGAAAAAACAGCGCGCGCAGGCGCAGCCGAGAAGGGGGAGGACGGAGGAAGGAAAAGGAGGAGGCGAUAUAGAGCACGAGGCCGGCAGAAGAUCGGACCGCGCCCGCCCGCCCACCUGCAGAAAUGAGCUGUGCCCGCGAGGAGGAGGAGGAGGAGGAGGAGGAAAACCCUAGGAGGAGGAAGAGGAGGGGGAGAAGGAGGAGGAGGAAGAGGAGGAGGAGGAAAAGGAGGAGGAAAAGGAGGACGAGGAGGACGAGGAGGAGGAGCGCGCCGGCGCGCUCAAGCGAGGACGCUCCGCGGUCGAUCCGCGCGAUCGCCCUCGUCCACCGAGGAGAGGCGAUCGCCCUAGCCGUCCGAGCUCUCCUCGCCGUCGCUCCUGGAGCCGCGGCUAGACGCGUCCUCCUCCGAGUACGUGCCAGAAGGGGCCUUCGGCUUGUGCAGGAUGAUGGACCGCUCGGGACAAUAAUACCAUAUAGCGAACAGGUUAGCGAGUAGUGAGAGUCCAGCCAAAACCUCGCUCCAGAAAGACAGCUCCUUGAAUCCAAGGACAGCGCCCUUAGCUGUGUCAUAAAGCAUGGUUUGAUUGUUGGCCAUGUUGUAUUCGACUAGCGUUGUCUCCCAUGAUGUGGCAUUCUCGCUUCUCAUCUUCUCCAAGUCUUCACGUGAUGGCCUGCGCCAAACGUCGCCGCAGCACAACCCCAACAUCCGCCACAUCCGUCGGACCUGCGACAGCAAGAAGCAGCACAUGCAGCCCGCACACUGAACAGCGGUAAACCAGCGGAUCGAUCGUUCCAGGGUGCGCCCGUGCCGGAUGCUGAUCUGAUGCGGGCCCUCCGUCACCAGCGUCAGGAGCUCGACGAAGAUGUAGCUGCCAAACAUCAAGCACGCCGCUGCGCAGUGAAGCAGCACUGUGACCUUGUCCGUUGCACUUGCCAAUUCCCACGGUGUCGUGGGCACGAGAGCCACGAUCAUCAUGCUAAGUGGCGGCAAGAAUGCGCGAACUGAACACCAAGAAAUAAUCAAAAUCUUUGACUUUCUCUCAUGGCCGAUGUAUACAUUGCUGAGCUCCCAAGGGUACCAAGACAUCAAUAAACAAAUCGACGCAAUCAUCGCGAACGCCGUGAAACUCUUCCCAGCAGCACUAUCGUGGUCGGAAACCACUUCACUCACAGUCGGGGAUACAUAGUUGUUUCCUGAAGGGUACCCCUCCCCCAUGUAAUUGUACCCUGUUGUGGCUGGCAUAAUGUGCGCAUACCCAAGAGAGCCCGCAAAAGCAAAGGCCAGAAAUCCCGUCAGCGCUGCAGCGAAGACCAACCAUACCGCCCUCCUCGCAGGAAGCUCAUGCGCGUACCUCACUUGCUCAUUGAGGGUGGGGCUGCACUGCAUAGGGAGCAUCGCUCGAAGAGCCUAAGCGGCAAGGAGCAACCACCGCAGCGAUCGGGCGGAGCAUACCACGACCAUCCAGCCGCGAGCCCCGAAGAAGCCGUGCCGGACCGCCCGAGCUCGAACGCCUGCGGCUCGACUGCUGGCUGCGCUCCCCGGGGAUCUGGGCGCAGUAGCGCCGCUCUGGCGAGCCCUAGAAGAGCCGAGACCCUGCCCCGAUGGGCAGACACCCCGCAGCCUGGGUACCACGGCCAGCGCACUGGUCCUCAGACCCAGGCGUUGCAACUUUUUCGCAGCAGGCGUUUUCGCCCGAUUCGGGGCGCGGGAACUUCACAGAUCG